AUGGAGCAACUGAAAAAUACGAAAAGAUAUGUAGAACAAUCACUACAAAGGACCGUAAACCAAACUGAUUGGGAAUCAGUACACAGACUAGUGGAGAAGAAAGCUUCCACCAUCUUUACAAGGAUAAGGUACACUGAAAUUAAGAAGUUGGAUAACUUGAAGGCACUAAAAGUAAACGAAAUUCGACAAAAAGCAGAGUGGAUCGAAAACACAACGGAAUGCACUAUUCCGAACUAUCUGGAACGAACUCUCCUUCUUGGUCCAAACUUCAACAUCCAAAACAAAACCAACAUCCCUUAUGUGAGAUUGAUUGCCGAUGUCGAAAGUGCCAUAAGAAACAAACCAAAUGCAGAUGACAUUCGUGCCGAGGUUUCCAACAUCGUCACAAACUACAUAAGCUACCAGAAUCAACCACACACUAAACAGAAUGACUGGAUACACAAGGAUAUCGUCCAAAGCCGCAAGUUCCUUAAAGAAAACCCGGAUAUUUACGUAACGAGAGCAGAUAAAGGAAACAAAACGGUUAUACUGGCAUCAACUGAGUACCGUCAGAAAAUGGAAGAAAUGGUAAACGAUACGUCCACGUACACGCAAUUGAACGACAAUCCUACAAAUAAGACACUCAGGAAACUGAAUAUGAUCAUCGACCAAUGGUGGCAAAACAAAUACAUUGAUACAAUGACCAAAAACAGACUGAAAGUAUACAAUUGCCACCCACCAAGAAUAUACGGAUUACCAAAAAUUCAUAAGGAAAACCGACCGCUUCGACCUGUAGUCUCAACGGUUAGCUCAGCGACAUACAAAAUGGCCCAAUAUCUGUCAAGUAUACUUAACCACCUAGUGGGGAAAACGGAGUAUCACGUACGGAACAGUUUUGAAUUUGCACAAGAACUAACGAAAGUCAAGGUGCCGGAUGGAUGCGUCAUGUAUUCACUUGAUGUUGUUUCCCUCUAUACGAACGUUCCGGUGGAUAAAGUGUAUGAGUACGUCGGAGAACGAUGGAAUGAACUGCAACAACACACAACUAUUCCGUGGGACAGCUUCAAAGCGGCUAUGAAAACCGUACUGGAUGCUUCCUUCUUCCAAUAUGACGGCAAGUUUUAUAGACAGGACCACGGUGUACCCAUGGGAUCACCACUUUCCCCAGUAGUUGCCAACAUAGUGAUGGAAAAACUAGAACAACUCACAAUCGAACGUCUGAAGCUAAGGAACAUUAGUUUGACAAUAUAUCGAAGAUAUGUGGAUGACUGUUUUGUGGUAGGUAACGGAGAGGAAAUCGAUACAGUAUUAGGUGAAUUUAAUAAGUCCCAUAGCAGCUUAGUAUUCACACUAGAGAAAGAGCAAGAGGGAAGCAUGAGAUUCCUGGAUCUCACUCUAUCCAGAGAGGGAGAGAACAUCACCAAGAUGUGGUUUCCGAAGCAACAAAACGGUCGAUACUUAGAUUUCACCUCUGAAAGUCCAUUCUCCCACAAAAACAACACUGCCAUAGCACUUGUAGACAGAGCCUUAAAAUUGACCGAUGUAGAAAAACGAGAGGAAAGUAUAAAGGUAGCGCUAAACAUUCUGAGGAAUAACAACUAUCCCGAUCACACCAUCAGGAAGAUUUUAAAACAGAGAGUAGACAGAAUAUAUAACUCACUACGACACACAGAACAGAAAGCUCUCAAUUUUGCAUCAAUCCCCUACAUCCCUUGUCUAAGCGAAAAGGUAGGGAAAACGUUGCGCAAACAUGAUGUCACGAUUGCCUACAAACCUUGCGACAAAAUCAAAACAACGGUUUUCACUAAGUUAAAAGACGUCAUUCCCAAAAUGCAACAAACGAAUGUCGUGUACAGCAUCCCGUGUGGUGUAUGCAAAGACAGGGAGUACGUUGGCCAAACAUCGCAAACCCUAGAAAAACGUCUCACCCAGCAUAAGAAGUCAGUGAUAACAAACACUUCAACAACAGGGUUGACACAACAUACGAAUGACUCUGGGCACCAUUUCGAUUUCUCUCGCACCAAAAUUCUCGAAAGAAUCAACAAUGAGCGCAACAGACUAAACGCAGAAGUUCUCCACAUCAAAUUGAGAGAGAAAACUGCGGUUAAUCUACAACGGGAUGCGAUGGGGUUCUCUACCACAUACAACGGCUUGCUCAAAAAACUAAACUCGAUAGGAAAACACUCACGUCUCACAACAGCUGUUCAGGGAGAGGCAGCAGAUUUAGAGUAG